AAGGAGAUUUGGCGGGAAAGGAAAUACGAGAGCGAGAGAGAGAGAGAGAGGAAGAGAUGAGCUCGUCGGCGUUGGAAGCCGAAGCGCCGGAUCUAGUUUGCCAGCUGGACAACGUCCAAGGCAUGGUCGACGCACUCUCCGCCGUUAGAUGGAAACGCCAUCAGGAUGCAGUGGUGGAAUUAUCAGAACACGGCGUCGUUUUGAUCGUGGAGGAUACCGGUUGCCUUCAAGCCAAAGUUUAUCUUCAACGCGAGCUAUUCAUUCGCUAUGAAUAUAAUGCUGAAGGGCGACCGCGGUUUGGAGUGAGCUUGGGGCUCUUUGUCGACUGUUUGAAUACGUUUUCUUUGCCUGGACGUUCAAGUAUGAUUGAGAUUCAAUACCCAGGGCCUGAUAUGCAGCUCCUUGUCAAGUCUGUUGAUUCACUCGAUGCUUGUAUUUAUGCGGAAAUUAGGACAAGAAUCCCAGAUACAAUUUCAUGGGACUACAACUUUGAACCUGCAGGAAGCACACCACUUACUUUUACCGUGAAGUCUGCAGCGCUAAAGGAAGCAAUUGAUGACCUAGAAUGGCCAGGGUCUAGCAUCCAGAUCCUUCUACAGCCAGUCCCCCCUUGUGUUACAUUUAAAGGAGAAGGCCAUGGAGACUUGCAGAUAGACUUCAUGUAUCAUGUGAACACUGAUCUUUUAAUUGCAUUUCACUGUGAUCGCCAAGUCUCCUAUAGGUAUAAAUACAAAUUUCUCCACGCAACAACUUCAAACCUACCCAGUAGUGUUAUUAAAGAUAACAGAGGAAGUAAAUUGACUAUUGGGAGAGGAGGAAUGCUGAAAGUUCAGCACCUAGUUUCAGUAGCAAAACUGGCUAUUUCACAUCCACAAAUUGAUUCUGCCAGGCAUCAGCAGCCUAGUCGAAUUGCUUAUAUUGAGUUCUUUGUGAAGCCUGAGGUAGAUGAAGACACCAUAAAUAAUUCAUAGCACUUUCCUGAAUUCGAAUUUAGAGCUGUGAGUUAUCUAGCAUGUUCCAAGCAGCGCAUGUCAAUAUGCUUUGCAAUGCUGACUGUUUGAUGUUAUUAAUGUAUGAUAAGGUAAAAAAUGGUUCUAAAGUUUCUAA